AUGACUCUCGCAGAAUUCUUCAGUUGUUCGCUUCUUGCUUUUGGAGCUCCAUUGGUCAUGUUCGCGUUCACAGUGGCCAAUGACCCCGUCCGCAUCAUCAUCAUGAUAGCAGCAGCAUUUGGGUGGCUACUAUCGUUUUUACUAUCAUCCUUAGUGUGGUAUGCAGUUGUGCCAUUACGAUCGUACCUGGCGUUUGGAAUGGUCUUUGCCAUCAUUUUCCAGGAAAUAUUCCGAUAUGGCAUGUAUGUCCUGCUCAGAAAGACGGAAGCUGGUCUGAAGGAGAUAUCAGAAAAUCACAACAUUGGGAGUAAUAAACUAGAAAUGGCAUAUGUAUCUGGCCUCGGCUUUGGCACAAUGAGUGGAGCCUUUGCCCUCAUCAAUGUUCUAGCUGAUUCUGUUGGUCCAGGAACUCUAGGCCUCCACACAGGCACGGAGUACUUUUUUGUGACGAGUGCUGCUAUGACACUAUGCAUGAUAUUACUCAACACAUUCUGGAGUGUCAUAUUCUUCAGUGGAUUUGAUGAUAAGAACUAUGUCAAAGUGGGAUGGGUCAUAGUAUCACAUUUCUUUGUCUCCGGACUCAGUCUUUUGAACAGUAAGGAGUUAUAUGCAGCUACUAUCUUGCCUUCGUACAUAGUUUUAGCGAUCACAGCCUACAUUGCCUUCAGAACAGCCGGUGGGUCAGCCAGGAGUCUCAUGCAAAGUAUUUCCUCGAGAUCAUAG